AUGGCACGGGAGGCUGCUCUACUUGCAACCGGGAUGCAGACUGUCCAGCGCAAGGCAACCAUCACUGCCAAAAAGCGAACUAGACAUGGAGAUGACAAUUCAGGAAAGCCAGGGAACACCUCCAGAUGCGCCAGCAAGGGCAGAGCUACCCCGAAAAGGCGCAAGAUAAAUGAAGAUGACUCGCUCCCCAAUGGCAUCGUUGAGCUCCCACACAACUUGGGAAAAGUCGCGAUGGCUUACCGUUCCAAUUUGAACCCCUCUGUUGUUAUUAAGUCCGAGAAGCCUCAUGCCGUCAAGGAAGAAGAACUAGAAAAGCUUGCAAAUGACAUCCAGACUACCGUUGACAAAGCUACGGAAACACUAGAAGAGCUGACAGGGAAAAAGAAAAAGAAAACCAACCCAUACGGCCUCACUCCAGGGUUCAGCCCAUUUCCAGAAUGGCUCCAUCCCACGCGGGAAGAAUGCGAGGAAGUCAAUAGACUCCUGUCAAGCGUACAUGGAGAAAUCAGCCCUCCAGCUACCAUCCCCGAGCCGUCUCUCACUGUUACUGGGUGCGGUGAAGUGCCUUCUGUUCUUGAUGCUCUAAUCAGGACCUUGCUCAGCGGUGCUACCACGGGUAGAAAUUCCGCCAUGUCCUUCAACGGCUUGGUUCAGAAGUUUGGGAUCCUCAAGGAAGGAAUCGGCCAGGGCAGCGUGAAUUGGGAUGCUGUCCGCCAAGCACCGACCAAGGACGUCUAUGAGGCAAUGAAGAGUGGCGGGCUGGCGGAUAUCAAGAGCAAACAUCUCAAGGCAAUCCUCGACAUGGUAUACAAGGAGAAUCAGGAGCGGAGAGAACUCUUCCUUCAAGCUGAACUAUCCAACAGACCAUCCAGCAAGGAACCCGAUACCGCCAGGGGGCAAUAUGAAAUAGCAUGUGCGGACCAGAACGUCCUCUCUCUCAAUCACCUCCACGAGCUUACCAAGGAAGAGGCCAUGAUGGAGCUUGUCAAGUAUCCAGGUAUCGGUCCCAAGACAGCCGCAUGUGUGAUCUUAUUCUGUCUCCAGCGCCCAUGUUUUGCUGUUGAUACCCAUAUAUUUCGCAUCUGCAAGUGGCUGGGCUGGAUCCCUGACAAGGCGACCGAGGUGACGGCGUUUAGUCAUCUUGAGGUGAGGAUCCCGGACCAUCUUAAGUAUUCCCUCCAUCAGCUUUUCAUCCUGCAUGGAAAGUCGUGUCCUAGAUGUCGGGCGAUCACUGGACAGUCCGCCGCUGGCUGGGAAGAUGGCUGUGUAAUCGAUCACUUGGUGACCAGGACGGGGAAGAGGAAGGGCGGUGCAGAAAGACCUGUGGGCAUAAGAAGGGGUAUAAGAGGGGAUAGCCGACCGGCACUUGUCGGGAAAUAA